AUGGUAAGUAGAUUUCUUAUUCGAAUAGUGCAGAAAUAUUAUAAUACAUAUUUCAACGUGUUGCAGGUUUCUCGAAAAAGAAAAUCCGGCCAUUUAAAGAGGAAGCUGAAAGAGCAAGGAAAGCUGUUCUUUCAAAAUUCAUCUCUACACGGCGUUAAAUACGUAGCGGAAAACGAGAGGAGUUUCAUCGAAAGGUCCAUGUGGUUCGUGUGGAUCGCCAUAGGCCUGAUCACGGCCAUCGUGAUCAUCCUAAAUCUGUGGGAGAAAUUCCAAACCAAUCCGACCAUCACCGGACUCGACACGGAUUUUCACAAUUGGGAGGUGGCUUUUCCGGCGGUGACCGUUUGUCAAAGGGAAAGCGCCGAUGACGCGGAAAUCCAGCGCCGCCUCGUCGAUCUAAAUAAUAAGAACGUCAGCUUUUCCGAUGCCGCGGCCAAGGAGUUCUUCGUCGAGUUGGCGAAACUGUCGUUGGGUAAUUGGAAAAACUUGGCGGAAAAUUACCCCGAAAUAGGGGAGAAGAUUUUAGAUGGAAAUAGCGACGUUGAACGCUUCAUUUACGACCUCAACAACAAGUGCGAGCAACUGUUUGACGUCUGUCAUUGGAAGUCGGCCAUUUUGAAUUGUUGCGAGAUCUUUCGGCCGGUAUUCACCGAAAACGGGUUCUGUCACACGUUCAAUUCGAAGCACUUCUAUCGACAUAUUCAGAACGGAAGCGAUUUUAUCGAGCAUUUUAUCGAAGAAACCGACCUAAAAUGGUCGUUAUCCUUUCAAGUCAAAUCCAAAUCCUCCGUUUUCUCGAUAUACAUUUUGAAUUCAAACGAAGUAUGCACGUGGGACUCGAGACCUCAACACGUAUGGGACUUCAAAAUCGAGCGGGCGCUGUUUUCGAUGAAACAAACCUACACCACAGAGGAUGCUAAGCAAUUAAACCUCAACCAAAGGCGGUGCGCUUUCCAAAACGAGCUCCAAAUCGAGUUCGACGACACGUACUCGUACACCGCAUGCGCGACCGAAUGCAGGAUGCGCAACGCGGUGAAAUAUUGCGGUUGCGCGCCGCACUUUUACCCUUCGGGCAACGGUUACGAUCGCUGCGAUUGGGCGCGCAUGCGCUGCAUCGCCCGCCAUUUCGAACGGAUCGUUUCGAUCGAAGCGUGCCGAUGUCCGUUGGGUUGCCUGCACACGGCCUACGAGAUCGAGAAGCUCGACGGUGACUCGUCCGACGGGGAAGAGAGCGCGUCCACAUUGGAGGUGAAAUUCGUAUCUUGGCCGAUGGUGAGGUACAAAAGAGAAGUCUUGUUCGGUUGGGUCGAUCUUUUAGUUUCGUUCGGUGGUAUAGCCGGUUUAUUCCUGGGAUUCAGUUUGCUGUCGGCCGUUGAAAUUCUCUAUUAUUUCACCAUCAGGCUCUAUUGCGUGGCUCUGAAAAAGGAGCGGCCGAAUCGGGUGGAUUUGAAGGCUCGGAAAAUAACUGUUAAGGGAUUCGAGGUGCCUAUACCGGUAGUUUCGCAGCAAAGAAGAUUAUCAUUCAUCACUUUAUCCAAGGAUUAUUACUAUUAAGUGUGUUACAUAUUGCUAUUUCUAAUUCAGUUUAAAUAAAACACGAC